UAAGGAAUAAAAUUAAAGGCUGCAUGGGAUCAUGUGGUGGUCACGUGACCCAGUGCAGGGCCCCAGACAGCAUCAGAUUGAGAGACAGAGCAGCGACGCAGAAAACACCUUCAUCUGACAUCCACAUACGCAGGAAUCCCCGACGCUGAUUGGCCGACGGCUCAUCUGAUGCGAUGACGUCACACGCCGAGUCGUCACUCGCGCGCUCAAGCAGCUGACGCGCAGGAGAAUCCCGUCCGCGCGCUCUUGCUGCCAUGAGCACGCGGAGAGGAGCAUUCAGUCCGGGGUCACAAUGAACUGAGGCGCGAUGACGUCAUGAGGCUACGUUUUGAACGUGAAGGCGGAGAAAGUUUCCCCUGACAGGAUAUAUUUUGCCACUGUGGACAGGUAAAUUCUCACAGACUCCGAACUGAACGCCUGUGCCGAAUAUUCCCCAGAAAGGCACUGUCGCGUUUAUGUAUGUGCCUUGUUUGUAGUUUUAUGCAGUUCUGCGGAUGCGUUUGCGCUUAAACCGAUUGUGAACUGGCGGCCCCUCACGGCUGGACCCCAGGGACCCACUGGUGAGCAGGGUGACCGUGUGGAUUUUCUCCGCAUCCGUUCGCCGCACUCUAGGCAGGUAUGUUUGCGGCAGUGGAACAUGGCCCCGUCCUGUGCAGCGAUUCCAACAUCCUGUGCCUGUCCUGGAAGGGGCGCGUGCCCAGGAGCGAGAAGGAGAAGCCCGUAUGCAGAAGGCGGUACUACGAGGAGGGCUGGCUGGCCACAGGAAACAGCAGGGGUGUUGUAGGGGUGACAUUCACCUCCUGUCACUGCAGAAGAGACAGAACCACCCCGCAACGCAUCAACUUCAACCUGAGGGGACACAAUAGUGAGGUGGUGUUAGUCAGGUGGAAUGAACCCUUUCAGAAGCUCGCCACAUGUGACACAGAUGGAGGGAUCUUUGUUUGGAUACAGUAUGAAGGCCGCUGGUCUGUAGAGUUGGUGAAUGAUCGUGGAGCUCAGGUCAGUGACUUUACGUGGUCUCAUGAUGGGACACAAGCUCUGAUUUCAUAUCGAGAUGGUUUUGUGUUGGUGGGCUCGGUGAGUGGUCAGCGCCAUUGGUCCUCCGAAAUCAACCUGGAGAGUCAAAUCACCUGUGGGAUAUGGACCCCGGACGAUCAGCAGGUGUUGUUUGGCACAGCAGAUGGGCAGGUGAUAGUCAUGGACUGUCACGGGCGGAUGUUGGCUCAUAUACUGCUCCAUGAGGCGGAGGGUAUCGUCAGCAUGGCCUGGAACUACCCCAGUUUUCUGGUUGAGGACAGCAGCGAGAGUGACACAGACUCGGAUGACUGCACACCACUGCAGGUGUGCAGUCUCAAGCCAGUGCUGACUGUCUGCUUCACCUCUGGAGACAUCAAUCUGAUGAGUAACUACGAUGACCUCUCUCCUACAACAAUACAAACAGGGCUCAAAGAUGUGGUCGUGCAGUGGUGUUCUCAGGGUGAUCUCUUAGCUGUGGCUGGGAUGGAGAGGCUUGGGAUGACCUCUGAUCCUGCCAGUGCCCAAGUAACCCGAAAUGCCAUUGUUAAGUUUUACAAUGUCCAUGGUGAACACAUUUACUCGCUGGAAACACCUGCUCAGAGACAGAUCAGUACAUUGUGCUGGGGCCAUCGAGAUUCUCGCCUGUUUCUUGCUUGUGGCCCAGCGCUGUAUGUGGUUCGGGUGGAACACAGGGUUGCCAGUCUACAGUUGCUGUCCCAGCAGGUCAUUGCCAGCGGAGUACAUGAUGAGAAGGAUGUGGCCAAGCUCAACAUGCCCUCUCGCCUAAGCACAUACGUGUCUUUUGCCUUUGUCCCAACCAUUAAGCCCCCCAUCCCAGAUCCCAAUAACAUGCGAGACUUUGUUAGUUACCCAACAUCGGGUAAUGAGCGUCUCCACUGCACUAUGAAGCGCACUGAGGACAACCCAGAAGUCGGUGGCCCAUGCUUCACCUUGUACUUGGAGUAUUUGGGGGGGCUAGUACCUAUACUGAAAGGCCGAAGAAUCAGUAAGCUCCGCCCUGAAUUUGUCAUUAUGGACCCAAAAACUGAUGGAAAAACAGAUGAAGUCUAUGGAAACAGCUUCAUACCCUCCAUGAUUGACAGCUGCAAUUGCUCAGAUUCAAGUGAUAUUGAGCUCAAUGAUGAUUGGGUGGGCAAGAAAUCACCAAAGAUCUCCAGAGGUAGCAAGUCUCCCAAACUUCCCAGAGACUUAGUGUGUCCCUUUACCAACAGGAUAAAUAUAGAUCCCCGUAAAUCCCCAAAGCUCUCCCGUACCACACAGGAAAUCUCCAGAUCGCCACGGUUGCCCAUUCGGAAACCUUCUAUUGGCUCCCCGAGUUUGACUCGGAGAGAAUUUCCCCUAGAUGAUAUCACACAGCACAAUUAUCUUGCUCAAGUUACGUCCAACAUAUGGGGAACAAAGUUCAAAAUUGUUGGACUAGCAGAAUUUUUGCCAACAAAUCUCGGUGCAGUUGUCUACAAGACAAGUUUGCUUCAUCUCCAGCCCAGACAGAUGACUAUUUACCUCCCGGAGGUGAGGAAGAUCUCUGUGGAAUACAUAAAUCUACCAAUGUUCAGUCCUAAUGUCUUCAGUGAGGAUGAGGAUGACCUGCCUGUCACAGGAGCAUCAGGAAUCACCGAUGAUAAUCCACCCUGCACUGUCAACAUACCCAUUGCUCCCAUACACAGCCCUGCCCAAGCCAUGUCUCCAACCCAAAGCAUUGGCCUUGUCCAGUCCCUUCUAGCCAAUCAAAACGUGCAACUGGAUGUGUUGUCCAAUCCAACAUCAACUGUGGCACCACCUGGGGUGGCUGACCAAGGACAGCAGGACACCAUGCUCACAGCGCAGUACAGUGUUCCUGCCAAGUAUUCUAGUCCUGGCCAUGUAAUUUUUGGAGGUAUGGAAGUUGGACGGCUUGUAGUUCCUCAACAUUCAACAUCCCAACAGCAUUCAACAUCCCAACAGCAAUCACAGCAACAGCAUCAUCAUCAUCAACAACAACAGGUCCAGAUGCAACAACACUAUCAACAACAGCAGCAGCAUCAACACCUUCAGCAACAGCUUCAACAGUAUCAGCUUCAACAGCAGCAGAUUUUGCAGCAGCAACACAUGCAGCAGCAAAUACAACAGAUGCAGCAACAGCAGCAAAUGCAGCAGCAACUUCAACAUCAAAUCCAACAGCAGCAUCUACAGAUGCAACUGCAGCUGCAGCACCAGCAAAUGCAGCAGUUGCAACAGCAGCAUCAGCUCCAAAUCCCUGUUCCAGCUUUGUCCUCAGGUCAGUCAUCUUGCCCAGUCAUUCAGCUCCCGCAAAGUUCAAUGCCAGUUCCUCCCACUACAGGAGAGCACACUACAGAGCGAGGGGAGCAUGAGGUUCUGCUUAAGGUUAAAACUACUCGUUCUGCCCCACAACUGGCUGAGGGUGAUGCAGUUGUUUUUGCUGCUCCUCUUGAGAUUAGCAAGAUGAACCCUCCUCCCCCCUAUCCUGGCACAGUUGCGGCUGCUGUCCCAUCUGCUUCCUCUUCAAAUCUUACAUCCGGAGCAGCUGGAGGCAGCUCUAGCACACCGUCCUCAGGGGAAGGCUGUCUUAAAAAAGGGGAUCUGACCCUGUAUCCACCUGGUUCACAGGCCCCUCAGUACCCAACCCCUUUGGGCUAUGAGCGAAUUACCACAUUUGACAGCAGCGGAAAUGUGGAGGAGGUGUGCCGUCCCCGUACACGACUUGUUUGCAACCAGAAUGUUUACACAUUGCAGGGCCCUGGUAGCUCUGCCACCCUCAGGGUCGCAUCAUCUUCCUCUGCUGCAGAUGGGAAGAAGGUGCAGCUGCCCUACGCCUCAGCCACACUGAACCGUCUCACUGUGCCAAGGUACUCUAUACCUAGCGGGGACCCACCCCCUUACCCUGACACAGCUAAUCAGGUUGGAGCGGGGCGAAGCCCUGGUCAGAGACUUGACAGCAGCCUGAUUCAUGCAACCCUGAGGCGGAACAGUCGGGAGGCUGCACUGAAGGUUUCUCAGAUGCUGGAUCCUCAGAGGACGCUCCCCAGUAAGGCCAAAGCCAGUACUUUGUCUGCUUCCUACCAGCAAAGAGGGGCAACAGCUCUUUAUACAUGCAGUCAAUGCAGCAGUAACAGUGGUGCAAGUGGGGGGGGGCCCAGCAGUGGAAGUAAUGGAAUAGCUGGUGGUACAAUCAUUAGGCAAGAUUUUCCACCAACUGGGGGUGGUGCAUCUCACAGCACUGUUAUUGUGCACUCUAACAGUGCUUCACCUCUGCCUUCCCAAUCCUCCUAUAAUUUGCUCAGUAUGGAUGGCAGUGGUGGUGUUGCUAGUGGAGGUGGUAACAGAGAAAGGACUGACUAUAUUAAUUCUGCCUUUACAGAGGAUGAGGCUUUGAAUCAGUCUCUGAGGCAGGUGUCUCUAAAUACAGAGGUAGUUAGUUUGCCAGUUAAACGACCACCACCGUAUCAAUGGGAACCAUCUCCUUCUGAGGAGAUCUGGGUUCCUCAGGAGCGUACUCCAUCAUUGCCCACUUCUGGACCUCCUGUAUCCCACAAACCUCCCCCACUUAUUCUUAGCCCUGCACAGCAUUUAGAUGUUUCCCGUCUUCCUUUUGUGCUCUCACCUAAGUCUCCAACAAGUCCUCAUGCCGCAACUUUCCAAACACCAGGAGCUUAUCAGAUUGCCUUGCCCUAUCCACCAAGUGCAGCCUACAGUGGUCCCCACCUUCAGCAAAUGCAAGGUUCACUGCGCCCCCCCUCACCCAAAGAGGUGGUUGCUCCACUUCAGUUUUCCCAGCAAGAGCAAGCAAUGGUCUUGCCACCUGGUUAUCCACCCAAUUUGCCCAACCUUGCUUGCUGCCCCCUCCCGCCAAUGUACCCUGGAACAUCUUCCUGUUCCAGUCUGCCUGUGACUCCGAUUCCUCUUCAUCCAUGGGGUACUUACAAUCCCUGUCCACCCAUGCCAAGCCCCCUAGGUCCUGCACCAUCUCUUCCGCCAAAGGCCUCCCACAUGUUAGAUAAGCCUGUUUUCUCUCCUCCACCUCAGCCACCUCCCCUGCCUUCACCCCCACCAGACCUCCAAAAUGCAGUUAGUCCCUCAGAGGCUAUAGCUGAAGCCGGGGAGAGCUUUCAGGAGGUGCUCUCACUAAAUGAAAGUCCAGUGCCCCAAAGAACAGACAGAUUUGGCAAGAAGAACCGAAAACGUGUCGACAACACUAGGACAGAUGAGGCCAAUGUUCCAGCUGUCACAGAGGGGGGCAAUAAAUCCAAAAAAGAGGGUCGUGCACUUGGUGACUUCAACUCUCUCAUCUCCAGUCCAAGGUUGGGUGGACGAGAUAAAAAGAAACCUAAAGGCCAGAAAGAGCAGCUAAAAGCCAAAAAGCUAAGCAAGGCCACUACAAAUGAAUUCCAGGACAGCUCAGAGAGUGAACCAGAACUCUUCAUCAGUGGAGAUGAGCUGAUGAACCAGAGCCAGAGUGGGAAAAAGAACUGGAAAGCAAAAAGGAACUUGAGGGCAGGAGGCUGCGAGCUGGAUGAAAUCAAAUGCAGAAAGUCUAAUGAGAAAGAGGACCGUGGUCUUGGCAGCCAGGGAUUUGUCUACAUCAUGGCCAACAAACAGCCUUUAUGGAAUGAAGCUACACAGGUCUACCAGCUGGACUUUGGAGGAAGAGUUACACAGGAAUCGGCAAAGAACUUUCAGAUUGAGCUCGAGGGCAGACAGGUGAUGCAGUUUGGAAGAAUUGAUGGAAAUGCAUACAUCCUGGACUUUCAGUACCCUUUCUCAGCAGUGCAGGCUUUUGCAGUAGCACUUGCUAAUGUCACUCAGCGCCUGAAGUGAUUGGCUGGGAACAUUUUAGACUAAUUAUAUUAUUUGUUUCUUUGCUAUCUUAGUUUUUCUUAUUUUGUGUUUUUCCCAGUUUAAGAUGCAGUACUAAUACUUGAAAAACUACAUCUGGGAAGCAAUGCCACAUUUUCCAAGUGUUAGAGGUACUACUGGGCACUGAAAUCAAUUGCUGUAAAACAUACUGUCAAUACUAAUGAAUUUUUUUUGCGUAGGAUACUAAUGUCUGUCAGACUUUGAGGAGAUCAUAUCUUAACUUACUUCCAGGGACUUUUCCCUUGGGAGUACAAUUGCUAGCAUCUGAUUGGAUGCUUUUUGGCUUGCAGUCAUAAAUAUUUUAUUAAAAAUAGUAAGACUGAAAACCCAGUCUGUAUCAGUCGAUAUGGACUUGCUUAGGCAAACAGAACAAGCUCAAAAGUUAACCCAGUGAUGCUAUGUUCAUUAGCAUUCUAGGUUCUCUCAUGUUUCUAGGGAAUAAUUCCUUUCAAAUAAGUUUUCAGUAUUCUUUCAUUCACAUGUUUUAUUUCUACUGUCUUUCAUGCCUCAUCGAUUUUUGUUCUGUUAAUCCUGACGCAUCUCUUUCAUGUUAUGAAAUAAGAUUAUGUACAAAUUAGAGCUCUUUUUUAUUCUCUUUUUUUCUCCUGAAAUGAAGUGACUGCCCCCUGCCGACGCUUCUGUGAAGUGAGUUUGUGUAAUGGCUCUCAGGCCACAUUUAGUCCACCUAAACGUGCAAAUGAGCAACAGGAAAUAUUUUUCUACUGUGUUUCAACAAUGUCAUUUCAUACCUUUUAUUUUUUGAUAUAAUGUGUUUAUCUGACACGUUUUGUUAUCAGUGCAAAGAAUAUCACAGUGUUAGAUGCAGUCUUCAGCAGUAGGUUUGUGCGGAAAAGAAGCAAGAUGGAAAAAAAACACAUGAUUAUGAUUGUUCAUGACUAUAGAAUAUACUUGAGGAUUUGUUUAAUCUGAUCUGACUGAUACCAAAAAAUAAGAAGUGUGAAGUACAGCACACAGUGAAUGAAUCCAUCUGCAUCCUAAAGGAGGGCCUGUAGACCGUGGAUUCUCUAGAUUAUAUUUCCCUUUAUUUUGAUUCAAUGUUUUUUUUGAAAGUGCAAGACUGUAUUUGUGAUGGGAACCAUUGCAGCAUAAGAUAAACUCUGUGUGUGUGUGCGCGCGCGCGCAUGUGCGUUUUUUAUAUGUUCUUUUUAAAGAAUGGUCCAAACAUAAAGGUGGAGGGGGGUAAUGUGGUUCAUUAUUUUGGUCCUGCAUCCGCAUUCACUCUAGAAACUAUCCUGAUGGUGAACUGAGAAAAAGAAGGUUGAUUUAUUGUUACAAAAAGAUUAUUUAUUUAUUUAUGUCUUGUUUGUUUACUGUGCAAUAUUGUCAAGACUGUUUUCUUCACCGUUGAAUUUGUCAAUACGGCAGUUCACAAUUUCACAUAAGUAUGAAAACGAUGAAUUCAUUUUCUGUAAGUGUGAACAUUGUGUUAACAUGAAAGCGAUUUUUCAGCUUGGUGUUGUAUAUAAUGUGGAUGAUACUUGAUAUGAAUUGUUGGUGGAUGGGAGGGGGCAGCAGUGGGUUUUGGUGUUAAAGCAGGUGUGAAGGUGUGUGUUGGUGGUUGUGGUCAUGAUGUGAUGUGUAGUAAAGUGGCUUCGGGUGGAUUUUGUCAUGUGUCUUUUGUACACUGCUGAGUUUCAACUAAAGUUUGUGUCUUUCUUCAAAGAAUCGAGAGCAGAUCAUCACCUUUUCUCCAAUGAGACUUUAUGACCUUCCAAGGAGAGAAAUGUUAUUUUCUCUGUUGCAUUACUCAGUUUUAUAUAUUGAUGACUUUUCAAAUGUUUAAAAAACACUGAAAUUGACCCCAUUAAAAAUAUUAAGGUGAUGUGUGUUUUACAAUGUACAAAUUUGAUUGGUGGUCUGUACUGGACUGUGUUGUACAACUAUUUUAAAAGAAAUUAAAUUUAAAAUGUGUUUAUUAGGCAUAGGCCAAACAGAUAUGAUGGAGAUAGAGAAAAACAAGUUGUUUUAUUGAACGGUACAAAGGCAUGCUGGGUAAAUUAUAUUAUUAUGGAGUUUGUGUUUGUUUGGACGCAGUGAGCAUGGAUUGGCUUUGGAAUUGAAAGACGCACGUAACGGUUUGAUAUAAUUGCAACACUUCUGUUUUACGGUUCAUGUUUGCUUAAGUUGGCAAAUAUUUGUUUCCAUACUGUCUUAAAUAAUAUAGAAAAUACCCAUGAUGUCAUUAGAUUUUAAAGUUGACUGCUUAGCAGAAAACGUUUGACUUCUUUAGAUCUUUCUUUUUUCUUUUGCAAUUGUCUUUAUCUGUUUAUUUGAUCUAUACUGUAUAUUUAGGGGAACCAUAUGCUUUGCUAUUUCCCCCAUUUUUCUGAAUUGUUAUUUUUUAAACAGACUCUGGGGUUCGGGGUUAGGCCUAACUAACUUAAAGCCUAUGCACUAGGGUUUGCAUUGUACUGUAAUGAACAGUUUUGUUGUUCCUCAAAAGCUGAAUUGUGUCCUUUGUCUGUGUGUAGCCCAAUAAAGUGUACAGGUUGAAAUACC